AAAAAUAUCUGACAAAAGAUGGCACCUCUACCAAUUUUCAGUACUGUUUAGUACUUUUUCGGGGUCACAAGUACAAAGUACACAAAAUUUAAAAAUUUAGGAAAAAUGUCUUCAAAAAACAUCAAAAUAUCGUUUAGAGACGGUGUCCGCAAAAUCCUCAUCGACAGACCAGAAAAACACAAUGCCUUAUCACAAAUCAUGUACAAAACAUUAACAGAUACCCUCAACCAAGAUGCCAAAGACGACAAAAUAAUUGUAACCAUAAUCACUGGUGCUGGACAGUACUAUUCCAGUGGCAACGACAUAAAAGAUCAAAUGAAUUCAGACUUGCCUUUUGAAGAAAAACUUAAUUUUGCAAAAGAUUUAAUACAAGCCUUUAUUGAUUAUCCUAAAAUACUUAUAGCUGUAGUAAAUGGUCCAGCUAUAGGCAUCGCAGCGACUACAGCAGCCCUUUGCGACAUAGUCUACGCCUCAGAAAAAGCCAUUUUCGAUACACCGUUUAUUAAUUUAGGUUUAUGUGCAGAAGGCGCUUCCAGCUACACUUUCCCUGGAAUUCUAGGCCGCAGCAAAGCUUCUGAAGCUCUGCUUUUAAAUAAAAAAAUUACAGCUCAAGAUGCUUAUAAGUUUGGGCUAGUGUCUGAAGUAAUAGCUCACGACAAAAUUGAGGGUUUCAUAGAGAGUUUGCAUCAGUAUGGCUCGUUGCCAUUAAACACUGUUAAGCUCAAUAAAAAAUUGAUUAUGCAUAAUUUGAAGAAUAUUCUCACUGAUGCUAACAUAAGGGAGUUUGAGGGUUUGAACGAGUGCGUUUAUUCUGAGGAAUUCGGACAGGCUGUUGCUAGAUUUAUGAGCAAGAAGAAAAGUAAAUUGUGAAGACUGUUGUUGAUAUAUAAGCGUGGUCUGGUAAAUAAGUUUUGAGUGAGAUUUGCAAUCACUCCUGACAAGGUUCUAUAUUAUGACUGAUACUUUUGCUCCAACCCAACUGCCAUCAAGGUGCCAAACAAAUUUAUCAACUACUGCCUCUCUAAAAAGACAAAUUUAUAUUAUUUAAUAAACAAUAUUAUUGCAGUUUGUUAUUAACUGGAAAUUUUUAUUUUAUUUAUUUAUUUACAAACUCAACAGAUUACAUCCACUUAUAGAGUAGGAAAAAACUAAACUAAACUAAACUGAACAAUGCAAUUUUUAUUCAUUAACCCUCUAAUUAUCUGGUAAAUUGUUUUCCUAAAUUUUCCAUAAUCUAACGCAAAAAUAUUACACUCGUUUCUUACUUCAUUAUACAGCCUGCACAUCGCUAUAAUGGGAGAAUUGUAAUGUGUAAUGUGGUAAUUUGUUCUUACAUUGUUUAUAUAAAAUAUUAGUAAGUCCCUUGUCCUAUAGGAUUGUACACAAAAAUUUAGUUGACUCAACAAACCUGGAUCGCAAACGAACCCAUGCAGUAGUCUAUACAGAAACAUCAAAGCAGCAGCUUUUCUACGCAUAUAUCCAAAGAUCCAAUGUUGAGAGAGACCAUGACCUCUUGCUUAGCUAUGUGUAACUCAUAUAUCCCCCUUUUCUUAUAGUGAAUAUAUCUUAGAAAUUUAUUCUGAAUUUUUUUCAAUUUUGUAUUUAUGAUUACUAUAGCAUGCGUUCCAUAUAACUGAACAAAAUGCUCCUUACAUAUAAUAUUCUGAUACACUCUACAUUGCGAAACAGCUUCUAGCUCCGGACAACAAAACCAUAUACAUCUGCGUUGCUUUAUUUACGAUAUUGGACAAGUGUUUCCCAAAAGUCAACUGCGUAUCAAAAGUAACCCCAAGAUCUCGCAUUUUAGUAACUUCGCUCAAGAGAUCAUCAUUAAUUUUAUAUGGGAACCUCAUCAUGAUAUUUUUCUUUUUGAAAGUGUAGAACAAAGCAUUUAUGUAAAUUGAAAUGUAAUUCAUGUUCAAGUGUCCAUUAAUGUAACUUAUUUAGAUUAAAUUCCAGUUGUUGACAAUCACCCUCAUCACGAACCCUUGAGCUUCAGAUCGUCUGCAAACAUCAAUGUUUCUGAGUUUGUUAUAUCUUUACCUAUGUUAUUGAUAAACAAUAUGGACCAAGAUUGGAGCCCUGUGGAACACCUGAUUUAGCCAAAUAAUAGUCAGAACAGUAUCCCCUCAUAACAACCCUCUGAUGCCUUUCUUCUUAAUAAGACUUGAAGAAUGCUACCAUGAAAACCAAAUUCCUCACUUAAUUUAUUCAAUAGAAUUGUAUGGGAUACUUUAUCGAAC